UAGCUCGGCGUUGCCAGAUCGCACGGCGUCACCUUCUGUUCGGCUGAGUUCGCGAAAUUAAAUUAAACGCGUUUAAUUAACGAAAGCUGCUUCAAAUCGCACAACCCUCCAACACACAUAAGAUGGCUGCUUCUAUGAGGGCGCUGCUGAAGGUGCGAGAUGGCUUUGUUGCCGGCGUACGCUGCAAUUCGCAGUACAACAAGACGCGCGGCAACCUUAAGCUGAACGGCGACUCGCGGGUCAUCUGCCAGGGAUUCACCGGCAAGCAGGGCACGUUCCACAGCCAACAGGCCCUGGAGUACGGCACCAAGCUGGUCGGCGGCAUUUCCCCCAAGAAGGGUGGCACCCAGCAUCUGGGCCUGCCCGUCUUCGCCUCGGUGGCGGAGGCCAAGAAGGCAACGGAUCCACAUGCCACCGUCAUCUAUGUACCGCCGCCUGGUGCUGCUGCUGCCAUCAUUGAGGCCCUGGAGGCGGAGAUCCCACUGAUUGUGUGCAUCACCGAGGGUGUGCCGCAGCACGACAUGGUGAAGGUGAAGCAUGCCCUGAUUAGCCAGAGCAAGUCGCGAUUGGUGGGACCCAACUGCCCGGGAAUCAUUGCCCCAGAACAGUGCAAGAUCGGCAUCAUGCCGGGUCACAUUCACAAGCGCGGCAAGAUUGGCGUGGUCUCGCGCUCAGGAACCCUGACCUACGAGGCCGUGCACCAGACCACCGAGGUGGGCCUGGGCCAGACUCUCUGCGUGGGCAUUGGCGGUGAUCCGUUCAACGGCACCGAUUUCAUCGACUGCCUGGAGGUCUUCCUCAAGGAUCCCGAGACCAAGGGCAUCAUCCUGAUCGGUGAGAUUGGAGGUGUGGCCGAGGAGAAGGCUGCCGAUUACCUGACCGAAUACAAUUCGGGCAUCAAGGCCAAGCCUGUGGUCUCGUUUAUUGCCGGUGUGUCGGCGCCACCCGGUCGUCGCAUGGGCCACGCCGGAGCCAUCAUUUCGGGCGGAAAGGGAGGUGCCAACGACAAGAUCGCCGCUUUGGAGAAGGCCGGCGUUAUUGUGACCAGGAGUCCAGCCAAAAUGGGACACGAGCUGUUCAAGGAGAUGAAGCGCCUGGAGUUAGUGUAAAUAAAUAAAACGGGCCAUAACCGCAAACCGGAAUCCGUACGCCGAACAAAGCGUAUACGCAACUCAUGAUCAUGAACUAAUAACCUUAAGCUGAAAGUGUGUCGAAAUCGAAUUGAGUUGAUUCGAGAAAAUCCAAAUAAAUUAUUGUGAAAAAUCGCUAAAGUGACACGUAUUCCAAGAAUUAAGUUACCUAACUGCCGUACCACCAAGUUGAAAGUAAAUAACUCGCACCAAAAUGAAAUAAUUGAAGUUGUUUAAAAUGCACUCGGCUUUGAAAAUGAGUUUUUGGAUCUGAUUUUUGCCUUAAAUUAAAAAUACCUGCUCGAAA